GGACUAUUUAGCUGGCUGGAGUUCUCAACAGCCUCACUACAUGCAGCCUUUCACACACUACUCUUCGAUCCCCAACAACUACUAAGCAGGAAAGACAGCGGUGUCCUUGGCUCCAUAACUAGUGUUCCCACACUGCCUCCAGGAUGUCAGCUAAAGCCAUAGAGAGCGGGGAAGGCGGUGCCUUGGAUGCCCUCCUGCCAGAAUUGCUGUCGGAAGAGGAAGAAGAACCUUCCCAGUCAAGCAAUCAGGCCUCUGAUGGCUCUUCUCUUUGGAAGCCACCACAGAGGCCACAUCAGGGUGCACAUGGCUCUGGCUCCUACCCCAGAGAUCCACCCCAGUCGGAAGACAGCAAUUUCUACCAUUAUGCAGGCAUGACUGCGGCUGCUGUGAUUGGAGGAGUCAUGGCCGUGAGGGCUGUGCCUGAGUUGCUGGACACCAUGGGCUUCACCAGAACAGGAAUCUCUCGCUCCUCCGUCGCGGCCAAUAUGAUGUCAUCAACUGCCAGAGCCAAUGGCGGCAGAGUUCCCUCUGGCAGCCUGGUCUCCAAUCUCCAGUCCAAGGGGGCAACUGGACUCUCCACACCAUCCAACAUCCUCCUGGGAUCUGCUGGGGCACUUCUGGGGGCCUUGCUGUGGAAUUCCUCCAGCUCCUCCAGGAGGACCCAGUACUGAAAUAGAAAGUGGCUCCCAUUCUGGAGGUGACCCUCCAGGGCAUCAGGAUGUCAGUCUCCCAAAUGACAAGUCCCCUGCCUCCCCAAAUUCUUCAAAGAAUCAUAAGAAAUAAAGUUGAGAUGUAGUGACCUUC